AACAAAUCCAGGAUUCCAGUUUAAAAUCAGAAGUAAACCUUUCCUCUUCCCACAGACCAACAAUAAACUGGAGCGCUCUACCCCCACCCCUCUGAUCCCGGCCCUAGUUCGACGUUCCCUUCCAGCCCGACUCCCUGUCUCCCCAGCCCCAUUAGAAGCACGCCCAGUCUUGAAAUCUUCCUGUUUGUCCCGCCUCCCCCCUCACGCUUCCAUUACUCCAUUGCCUGAAAAGUCUGCUGCCUUAGACCUCUUUCGGCCAGUGCAGCGAGCCGUGGGACCAACCCCAACAUUGUCCAGUCUGCCCCAAGCCUUCGUAGACCAGCCGUCUUCCUCAGCUCCCUCCCACCCACCUCCCCGUUGUUCCCCAGCCGCCUCUUCAUCUUCCUCUGCCGCCUCCUCCUCACCCUCUGUACAGUUUUCUUCUUCAUCCAGUCUUUCCUCACCUUCAUCUUCCUCUCCUGUUUCUCCCUCUUUGCUCCCACCUCUCCCUCGUUCCCCCUCUCCAGCACAUUCAUCUCCUCCAUGUUUGCCUGCGACCUACUUAGGUUUUCCCUCGCCAGUUCCUCCUGGCUCCUCUUCCUUUAUGAUCCCUUCUUCCUUUCCCCGCUUGCUACACUCUCCCUUUCUUUGCACCUCUCCACCUUCGUUUAUUCCUGUCCAUCCCUUCAAUCCCCCUCACUGGGGGGAAGAAAGUAGAGAAGAGAAGAGAAGCAAGUGGAGUAGAGAAGAAAGAAAUAGAGAAGAAAAAGUUGAGAGACGACAACUUUAAAGAGCUGUAGAUAAUGCCUUGCCUUCAACCUUGUUAAAAAACGAUGACUUACCCGACUUCAGCUGUGGUAAAGAAAUGAAGGAAAAUAGCAGGGAAAACUUGGCUGCUAACAAAUGUGUGUUCCAACUUAAAUUGGAGGAAACUCAGAAACUUCUAGAAGAUCAGCAUCUAAGCAGUUUGCAAAAAUUUUGUCAUGAAGUUAAUCAGAUAACAAAUUCUGAAACCCUCUCAAGUGUGGACAGUCUUGAGGCUGGGAGCCAUGAAGAACCAUUCUUCUUACUGCAUAAGGAACCAUCCACCUCAGUCCUGAAGAAUUCUGAUUCUUCAGAUUUGGCCAGCCUGCAAUCAACUCAUCUAAGGUGCUUUCAAAAUAAACUGUCAUUCUCGAAAGCACAGCAUAUAAAUAAUUGGCUUAUAAAUUUAGAUGAUCCAAGUAUUCAGAAUGACAAACCUUUCUCAGAUGUUUCAAGUCAACCUACUGUUCUGUCUUCAUGUGAAAGUUUUAACAGUAAAGGGAAAACUCCAUUGGCUCCGAAUAGAAGUAUGGAUAGAGCCACAAAUGCUGCUGAGAGCUCAGUCAGCUUCGUGUGUAGUCAUCCCGUGUGUGUGCAGGAUGACAAGAAAAGUACCUGUGAAACAAGUGACGAGAAGACAGCUGGCCCCUCAUCUGGAGCAUUCAAAUUGGAGAAACCAAUAGUUACCAAGAGCCCCAACCUUAAACUCAGAAAAGCCUGGACCACUACAGAUUCUCCCAAGGAAAAGACUGCACUUUCAGAUCAAGGGAAAUAUUCUGAACUAACUCAAGAAAACAGAAUUCCUUCACUUGUACCUGUAGCAAUGCCUUUCGUUUUGCCAUCGGAUACACAAUCAGCUAGUCCUUUACCAAAGAAAAGUGGACACACACAAGAAAUAAACACAGGGCAGUGUUCUUUUAAAUUAGGGGAAAUCAAAGAUGUUAAAGAGGGAAAAAAAUAUUUUAAUUGCUAUAAGCAAGAGUUGCCUUUAUUUUCAGAUAUUUUUCAAGCUACCUGCAUACCUCACAACUCUGAUUCAAAAGAUGGACAGAAAAUAGCUGGAACAUUAUCUAAUGUAAUUUCUAAUUAUGACUUAGUUGGUCAGCACAAGAAAAUAAAAUACAGCAUUCAUGAAAGCAGUGGUAUGAAAUUUCUUAAAAGUAUUUUAAAGAAAGAAUCUAAAUAUGAACAUGAUUGUUUUAAGGCACUGGUUUUAAACCAAGGAUUUAAGUUAGGAAAUAAAAAAGCAGCAGCUAUUAGAGAUAGUAUUGAAUUAACAAAAGAAAAAGGGAAAAGUAUAGAAAUUCCAAGGAUCAUUAAAAAACUUAGGUGGUUUGAUGAAACUGGAAAUACCGGGAUAAACACAGGGAUAAAAAUUGAAGGUAAUGAUUCACUAAAGAACAAAAUAGAUUCAGCUCAAGUGUAUUCUCAGCCAUUCUAUACUGAAACUGUCAGUGAUUCUGCUGCCAACAUAAUUCAUGUUCCUGCUUGCACUGAUACAAAAAAGCUGAAGGAUGAUUCUGUCUCUGAAAAUGUCACCAGUUUAGAAGGAUUUGGAACCGAUCAGUUGCCUUUGAAAUGUUUUUUUCCUUCAGGUUAUAACUUUGCUAAACAGUACUGGCCAGCCCCAGAAAAAAAGGAGAGUAAACGCCCUGGCCAAAAGGGUGAUUGUAGAACUCAGAAAGCUGGCCUGCAAAGAGGGGGAGCAAAAGUCCUCAGGAGAACAAGGUCUGCAAAAGUCCAGCCAGGCUUCCUGCGUACGAACAGAAAAGGCAUUAUCAUUCGACCGCAGUCUGCAAGCAAAGCCAACACAUUUUCACAAGCUCAGAGUAAACGAAUUAUACCUCAUCCUCCUCCUCAGCCUCCAUCAAAUAUUAGAAGUGGUAAAAAAUUACAAGUGUCUCAGUGUCAAUCAAGAAUGCCUGAAGAUUCUGAAACCAUCCUUGCACAAAACUGUUUUAAUCCAAAACACGUGCUUCCUGCAGAAUACGAGUUGAGCCAGUGGAAUCAGACAAGUGGCUUCGCCUUCUCAGAUGUUGGAUCUGAUUCAGUGUCUGUGACGCCGUCUCUGUCGUGUUGUUCUAACUGCCAAACGUCAGCACCAAGAGCUCACCUCAGUGGCACCCAGAAGGGGACCCAGCGAGAUGGGACUUUAUGCUGUACCCACAGAGGCCCUGAUUAUGAAGAAGGCCAAGAGACUUGUAACGUGUGGAAAAGACAGCAUAAUAUUUUAGGCCAAAGGGGAAAAGCUGCUGAGUCUACUGUUAGCAGAAGAAAACAAAUGACUGAGAGUAAGGGGAGAAUUCCUUUUGAGCAGAAACGACAGAACCCUGACUCUGUAGGACAGAAGUUCCGCGGACAAAUAAAUAAUUUUGGACAAACUAUCAAGCUAAGUUCAAGUGAGCCACAGCAAGCUACAAGGGGAACUUCUCAUGUUGAACAAGUUUCAGAAAGUACUUCUGAAUUUCUAAUGGCUGAAAACCUCGUAAAAGCUUCCGUGGCUGAGGAUGAAAUUCUCAUGGUCCUAAACAGCAAGCAAGAACAGAAUCCAGCACCAUCCUUCAGCGAGAGGCGGCCGGUCAGCCUGUGUGCACUCUCAGCCGAAGAGCAGAAGGUCCUGAAGUCCAUUGACCGUCUCAAUGAAAGGUUGCACUACCUACAAGAAAUUAUUUGCAAAACUCCAUCCAUCAAAAAUACAUUAAAAACAAUACCAACUCUGAACAGGGCCAGCUCAUCUCCUGGUAUUGGAUCCAGACUGCAGAGAGAAUACUGAGAAGAUAAACAGGAACUACUAAAUGCACUUACUUGAGAAUCUCCUACAAAUGUUUAUUUUUACAUUUAUGAUUUUAAGACACUAUAACCCUAAAGUGAAAGUAAAUAAUAACAUGGGUAAUGGUCAAUUUAAAUAGUUUACAUUUAUGCUAUAAAUAAUAUACUUUAUUAUGUAUUUUGUUCUUGAUAAAUACAUUUUCAAUAAAUGGAAAUAUUUUAUUGCUUUUAAUGAGCAAGCUAUUGGAAAUAAAUUUAUUACAUUUAAACAAAAGAUAUUUUGUUAUUCAAAUUAUGUAUUUGCCAUAGUUAUAAAGUUGUGUUUUUUUCUGAAUUCCUAAUAAAUUCUGUUUGAUUUUUG